ACCUAUGCCGACACAUGUAACCAAGCCCCCUGCGAUCAUUCCAACAACCAAAGAGCCAUUCAGGGUACAUGGUGUCACAUCGAAGUGAAGAAAGCAUUGGAAAAAGGCUACCAGAUUCUACGACUCCACGAGGUGUGGCACUUUCCCGAAACCUCGAGUGAAUUGUUUAAAGAAUAUAUUGACACAUUUUUGAAAAUUAAACAAGAGGCGAGUGGGUACCCGAAAGAUUGCGUCACCGAAGACCAGAAGCAACAUUACGUGGACGAGUACCUUGAAAAGUCGGGAAUCCAUUUAGACCCCCACAAGAUCGAAUACAAUCCUGGAUUACGCGCUCUGGCUAAACUGAUGUUGAAUUCGUUCUGGGGUGAGUACUGUGCUUUCAUCGAUAUAUUUUUGCUACAUGAUACUUAACAGUUUCUCGUUUAGGUAAAUUUGCACAACGACCCAACAUGGUUAAAACCGAGCAGAUAAAAGAUCCACAAGUAUUCUUUGACUACCUCACUUCUGAUGAGAUCAACGUGCUUGAUGCCGAUUUAGUGAGUGACGACAUCAUCGAAAUCCGAUACGAGUAUACGGACAAUUUUAUCAAACCCGAUGCGAAAACCAACGUGGUCAUUGCUGCUUUCACCACCGCCUAUGCCCGUCUCAAGCUUUACGGCGUGCUGGACAUGUUGCAAGAGAGAGUGAUGUAUUACGAUACCGACUCAGUGAUUUUUCUCAGCACACUCAAUGAACCCGAACCUCCCUUGGGCAACCAUCUCGGCGAAUUAACCGAUGAGCUAGGAGGUGAACACGUUACUGUGUUUGCGUCGGGCGGUCCAAAAAAUUAUUGUUAUCGGACAAACACCGGUAAAGUCGAGACCAAAGUGCGUGGAAUCACUCUAGACUGCACGGCGAGGCAAAAG